AGAAAUUACACAAUUCCGUUGCCUAUUGGGUGGAAUCCUCCAGGAGGUUGACACGGAGAGAGUGGCGUUUGCUGAAAUCAUAGGCGUGGUUUUGGAUGGAGAUGCUCCGUCUGCUCCCGCUGGGAUCCCCACCUGCCCUCACACCGCGUCUGUCACCGAGCCAGCUGGUAUUUUCCUGAGCGUCAGCAACCACAACAGGCAUUUAAUUAGAUUUUUAUUCUUGUCACAGAGGAUAUAGAUUUUUUUUUUCCUCCUUCGUCUGGGGUGUAGUGUAAUUACAGCCGUGUGGACGCGCGCCCGGUUUAAUCACCUCCAGAGCGGCGGAGGCGCACGGCACUUGGCGGAGAUAAACAAGAGCGGACGGCACGUCGCUUGGCCUCCAGGCAGCAGCGGCGGCAGCAGCAGCAGCGGUGGGAGAGGAACCACAGCGGAGACCCUGGUUCAUGUGCAGGGCUGUUCGACGCGCAAGUCGUGCCCGCAGCGGUUCGCGAGGAUGGAAAAUACACGCAAGAUGCCCAGAAGAUCGCCCUGGCUUGGCUUACUUGUGGUGGCGUCAGUUUUACUUUUAGUGGACAGCAAGAAAGCCAGGCCUCGCUGUCCCCAGUCAUGUACAUGUACCAAAGAUAACGCUUUGUGCGAGAGCGCAGGACUGAUCCCUCGCAGCUUCCCCUCUGAUGUCAUAUCACUAUCAUUCGUCAAGUCUGAAUUCACUGAAAUCCCGAAAGAGAGCUUCAUCCACACGCCUGCCCUGCACCUCCUCCUCUUCACAGCCAACAACCUGGAGUCUAUAAACGAGGAUGCUUUCCUCGGUCUUCCUCAUCUAGAGUAUCUAUUCAUUGAAAACAACCAAAUCAAGUCGAUAUCACCACAUGCUUUCCGUGGACUCAAAACCUUAGUGCAUCUGAGUCUUGCCUACAAUAAUCUCGAGACUCUGCCCAAAGAUUUGUUCAAGGGUCUUGAGGCCUUGACAAAAGUAGACUUGCGGGGGAACCAGUUCACAUGUGACUGUAAGCUGAAGUGGCUGGUGGAGUGGAUAUACAGCACCAAUGCUACGGUGGAUCAGAUUUACUGCAAAGGCCCGGCCUCGCAGCUGGACAAGAAGAUCAACGAUCUGGUGCCACAGUCCUUCGACUGCAUCACAACAGAGUUUGCUUCCUAUCAGUCCCUGAAGUUUGAAUCCAUAUCGGUGGAAGCGUUUUCUUUCAGGAAUGACCAGUAUGUGGUGUUUGCACAGCCAUUUAUUGGGAAGUGCAGCUUCUUGGAGUGGGAUCACGUGGAGAUGGUCUUCAGAAACUUUGAUGAUAUUGACAGCACAUCCACAGUGAUCUGCAAACCUCUGGUCAUCGACAACCAGCUCUUUGUUAUCGUGGCUCAGCUGUUUGGUGGCUCACACAUCUACAAGCGUGACACCUCUGCCAACAAAUUCAUCAAGCUCCAAGGCAUUGACAUCCUGAGGAUCCGCAAACCAAAUGACGUUGAAACAUUCCGCAUCGAUGGAGAGUCUUUCUUUGUCAUAGCAGACAGUUCCAAGGCUGGGUCCACCACAAUCUACAAGUGGAAUGGCAAUGGCUUCUAUUCUCAUCAGUCUCUUCACCCCUGGUACCGGGACACGGAUGUGGAGUACAUGGAGAUCUCCUCCAAACCUCACCUGAUCCUGUCCAGCAGCUCCCAGAGGCCGGUCAUUUACCAGUGGAACAAGAGCACCAAGCUGUUCGACAGACGCACCGACAUCCCAGAGAUGGAGGAUGUGUACGCCGUAAAGCAUUUCCAGGUCAAAUCCGACCUCUUCAUCUGCCUGACGCGCUUCAUUGGGGACUCCAAAGUGAUGCGCUGGGACGGGGCCCUCUUUAGAGAGAUGCAGACCAUGCCAUCUCGAGGCUCCAUGGUGUUCCAGCCCUUCGCUGUGGGCAGCUGGCAGUAUGCCAUCCUGGGCAGCGAUUACUCUUUCACCCAGGUGUACCGCUGGGAUGCCAAGGAGGACCAGUUUGUUCGUUUCCAGGAGCUGAACAUCCAGGCGCCGAGGGCCUUCUCUCCAGUUUCCAUAGACAACCGUCAGUUCUUGCUAGCCUCCAGUUUCAAAGGGAAAACUCAGAUCUAUGAGCACCUGGUCAUCGAUCUGAGCAACUGAGCAGUUAUUUCUUUCUUGGCUGAUUGGUUGUUUGGUUAUUUUAGUGUUUUUCUUUGUCUAAAGAAGGCUGUUGCAGCAGAUACAGUGCUGAACAACUGAUAAAGUGUUGAUCCUAGCUUGAGAAAGGCAGGCAUUACUCCUACUCAUUUUUAAAAUCUUCCAUUGAGAUCAGUGCACGAUAAGCUUAAAGACAAAUGCAUCCAUCUCGACCAAAUCUAUUUGUCCGAGAUGCAUGCUGAGUUCAAUGUACGCAUCUCAAGUUAGGAUUAAACCCAACAUGUUGUCAAGUCAUUAAUGCAUGACCAGGGCCUGACACAGGCUGUCCCAUCCUGAUUAAUGCAACAUCUACGUUCAUUAAUCCAUCAAAUCUAACACCGACCAGUAAAGUUUUUCCGUGUUCAGCCUUUCAUGUCACAAUGUUUAUACAUUUGUAAUCUCAUAUAUUUAUCUACAGAAAGUAAUAAUAGAAUUGUACUUUUUAACCUAUUAACAUGUUUAACUGAAGAAAUCUGCCAAAAUGAAAUGUUUACACUUUUCUGUCUUUCCAUUUGUAUGCUUAAAGAUUUGUAAAUGAAGCUUUUGUAAGUCUAAGAGGGACCAUGGCUGUUGGAUACAUUUGUUACAGAGAAUGAUUUAAAAUUAUGCUCAUAAUUUGAAAAAUAUAAACAAAUGUUGUGUGAGAGUCUACCUGUAUAUCCCUGCAACCUGCAUUUUUAUUGUUAAUGGUUUGUACAAUGUUUAAAAAGUAUUGAAAAUACAGUUUUUCUUAACUGGGAACUAUUUUCAAACGCUUUAGGGAACUGAAAUGAAAAAAAAUGAGGAUAUUGUUCAUCAUGCUUUACCUUUUGGCUAACAUGUAUGCAAAAUACAUCAACUGUGUCAUGAUUAGGACUAAUAUCAUGCUAUUUAGAGUCAAUAAAGGCUAUCAUUUCAUCUGA